AUGAAUUGCGCAUAUCAGUAUUCACAUAACGGCCAUCCGCAAAACGUGAUGACGAUCGCGCCGACGGCACCGCAGCAGGGACUACAUCCCGCGCAGGAAACAGAAUAUCUCGAGGAUCACCCAUCACUACGAGGUACGCCUUUGGCUAUGCUGGCGGCACAAUGCAACAAGCUAAGUAGCAAGAGCCCGCCACCGUUGGCGGACGCAGCCGUGGGCAAAGGUUUCCAUCCUUGGAAGAAGAGUCCACAGAGCAGCGGCAGUUCGCCACAGCACACCACCGGCGGCGGGGGAGGCGGCGGCGGAGGAGGCGGCGGUAGCGGCGGGUGCACAACGACGGGAGUGAGCCAGAGACCGGCGGCGACAAGCAGCGCCGGCAGCACGACCGGUGGUUACGCCAGGGCGCCGGUAACGUCUUGCGCUUCGACCGCACCGCAAUAUGGUAGCGAACUGUAUUUUCCGGGAACGGCGAGCGCCCAACCGGCCGGCGACCCGCAUCAUCAUCAAAGUAGUCUUCUCGGCAAGGUCGAGGGCGCGACUCUGGGCUCGGUAUACGGCAGGCAUCCAUACGAGUCGUGGCCGUUCAAUGCGAUGCCAGGCGCGACGCACGGAGGAAUAAAAACGAGCGACGGUUGGUGGGACGUGCACGGCGCCGCGACCGCCGGCGGAUGGUUGGACGUGAGCAGCACCGUCGGCGUCGGCGUCCACGCGCAAAUGGCCAAUUACUCGGCCGACUACUCGACAAGCCUAGCGCUGGCCGGCAAUCACCUGCUGACCACGGCUACGACGGCCGGUCACAAUCUCUUACAAGACACGUACAAGUCGAUGCUACCGGGCGGACCGCCCGGAUUCGGACUCCAUCACCACGCGGCCGCCACGGCCGGCGCCGGCGCCGGUGCCGGAAGCCCUCAGGGCAGCGGCGGCGGUGUCGGCGUCGGAGGCGCCGGCGUUAGCCAAGCGCCCUCGCCGCGCUCGCAGAGACGCUACACCGGGCGUGCCACCUGCGAUUGUCCGAAUUGUCAAGAAGCCGAGAGACUCGGUCCCGCCGGCGUGCACCUCAGGAAGAAGAACAUCCAUAGCUGCCACAUACCGGGUUGCGGCAAGGUCUACGGGAAAACGUCGCAUCUGAAGGCCCACUUACGGUGGCACACUGCGGCACCUUCGAACCCACACCGGCGAAAAGAGAUUCGCCUGUCCGGUCUGCAACAAGCGGUUCAUGCGCAGCGACCAUCUCGCGAAGCACGUCAAGACCCACAGCAGCAGCAGCAACAGCAGCAGCUGGCAGUAGCGGCGGCAGCGGCGGCGGCGGCAGCGGUGGCGGCGGGCCAGGACACCAGCAACACCACCUCCCCCCAGACCACCACCACUCUCGGCCAUCAGCCGACAACACCCAUGACUCCAAUACAGAUGACCCCGCCGCCUCUGACCCCACACCAUCCCCACCACCCGCAUCUCCCGCCUCUAAUGCACCAUCCUCAUCAUCACGCAACCUCCGUCCCGGCGGCCCACCACCCGCACGCGGGGAUGAGCAUGCACUGA